AUGAUCGUAAUAAAGGAUCCCCUCCCUUACAUCGGCGAGGCUGAGCUGGCCGCAGAGGCACCGCCGGCGUACGAGGAUGGGGACUUCGACCAGUGGGCAGCAGCGACCUCAGAGGCAUAUGCUCAUCUGCAGGAGACAAAGGCCGGUCCACCCACCGCACGUCCUUUCGGUCGAAUCCUGCGGACCUUUGCUUCGACUCCACGCACUUCGCCCGUCUCCACUCCAUCAUCUCCCUCUCCCUCGACUCCAAUAUCGCCUACUCUUUCCUCCACUCUAUCGUCGUUGCAGAGCAAGAAACCAGGGGCCCGUUCUUCCACCUGGUUCGCCCGUACAUUCGGGUCCAGUUCUCGCACAGCGAAAGAAGUUAAGGAGUCUGUUACAGGUCUUUUGCGGGAGAUUGUCAAACAGCCCGAGACGACGGCGUCUGUCCUCAUUAUCGACAGCUGCGCCGAAGCAUGUCGUACGCAUAACCUCUCGCUACCUUCCAUACUCCAAGAGCCCUCUCUCGAGGGCCGCAGUACCAUAUAUUGGGCAGUCAUAAAGCACCCAUUACAGCCUCCCAGCCCCCACGAGCGUGACCUUAUCUCAACCCUUCUCGAUCUCGCUGCGCCUUUGACUGAGGCCACCAUCUCGGAGAUCCGCCUCGCGUGCCUGCAGAAUUCCAACCAACCGCUGUUUCAAUGGCUGAGGCAGAUGCCAGUCUUCUCUCCACUGAAUGGCAAAGACGAGAUCUUGUUAGGUAGCUCCACUCCUCGAGACGAGAUUGCGGUCGAAAACGUCCCUGGAGACGAGGGUGCAUUCAUUGUACGGUUCCGCGUCAUGCUGUUUCAGAAGCGGAUGAGAGUGUCCAAACAAGUGAAGUUAGAGUUCAUAGCUAGAGGCAGGAUGUGGUCAUUGAAAUUCCUCAUUGUGACUGACGGCGACAAACGUCUGAGUCACAGACGCGAGAGGCCAGGUACAUGGGCCGUCACAUUAGCUCUCGUAGAACACAGUCCCCCCACGUGGAUUGACUCUCGUCUCAUAAUCGAGGAGGCGCCCUCGACUUCACCUGAAUCAGCCUCCACUUCACAGUCCUUGGUGGAUGUUGUGCGUCCCUUCUCGCCAUCGAAGGGAGGCGAGGCGAGAGCGAACUCCAAACCCACAAUUUCACUGCGAUUAAAGUCAGGCUCCUCACAGUUGGCCCCAGCAGGGCCGAACUAUCCUAAUGACAUGAUUGUGGCAUCUCUUGGGGAGAGCCUCAUGGCGAACAGCCUCCAAUACGAUGGCAGCUCGUACAUUGGCAGCGACGAAUCCCUACAGGCCAGACUCGAGGCGCGGCUGGGCAAGCCAGAUGCGCAGUGCAUUAUUUGUUAG